AAGGAAGCACAAAACAAGUAGAAGAAGAGGCAGAAGCGAUUACAAUAGCAGCGCAAAGCACGCAGUGACGCAGAUAUGGUGGUGCAAAUAAAAGUCGAAUACUGUGGUGGAUGAGGGUACGAGCCCCGCUAUCAGGAGCUCAAGCGGGUCGUCACUGCUGAGUUCACUGAUGCGGAUGUGAGUGGUUUCGUCGGCCGGCAAGGGAGCUUUGAGAUUGAAAUCAAUGGACAACUGAUUUUCUCAAAGAUGGAAACCAGUGGCUUUCCCUAUGAGGAUGAUAUUAUGAACGCUAUCCAAAGAGCCUACGAUGGCCAGCCGGUGGAGAAGAUCACCAAGAGCCAGCCUCCUUGUGUCAUCCUCUAAUGUUUCACAUUAACCCUUAACCCUUCCCUUUUGGCUCUCAAGACACCUGAAUCACUCCUCAAAGAAGUCUAGUAUGUCAAGAUUUUGAACGAUUCUGUUUUAAAAAGCAAAGUUUAAGCUUCUAGAGAGAGCAGGAUCCUUAAAUGUCCCCUUCUCUUCACUCCUCCUGUCUGGUUGCUGGACGUAAAUGAAUAUCGUAACUCUAAAGUGAGAAGUUACGGUAUGAGGCCUGCAGUCUGUGCUUCUUUUAAGCAAGAGGAGUGAGAUGGGGGGACGGUGAGGAGGAGGCCAAUGGAAGGGUUAAAGGGAUAGUUCACCCAAAAAUUAAAAUUCUGUCAUUUACGUUGUUUACAUUUGUUGUUCCAAACCUGUUUGUGUUUCUUUUUCCUGUUGAACACAAAAGAAGAUAUUUUAAAGAAUGUUGGUUACCAGACAGUUGAUGGACCCCAUUGACUUCCAUAGUUGUUCAGCAGAAAAAGAAACUUUUAGAAAAAUAAAUUUGAAAAAUGACUACUAAUUUGAGUGAAAUAUCCCUUUAAAGUGUUUUUUUUUUUUUUUUUUUUUUUUUUCAAGCCACAUUGCCUACUGGAGUCAGACCAUCCGCUUGUUUUUUUUCAUUUGUGUAAUGAUAAACUAAUGUACUAAAACAAUUGCUGUAAGAAGGAAAUGCCUAAAGCUUUGGGUGUGUGAGUGCAUACUUUGUCAUUCUUCAAGUGUCCCUUUAUGUCCACCAAUCUAUAAUCAGCAUGAAGCGAUCAUAAAUAAAUGAAUUUUAAUAUUGGUGAGUACUUGAAAUGUUUGUUUAAAAUACUGUAGUAUAUUAGGCCAUUUUUUCUUGGUAUCAAAGCUCAGGUGAUUGCCUCUUGCAAGUAUUUUGUGCUGUAGUUGUUUUAUUAUUAUUAUUAUUAUUAUCAAUGUAGUGUUAUAGAAAUAAUUCUCUUUAAAUUAAACCAAAUAGCUGUUUAAGGGCAUUUAUAUGACCUGCAGACACUGCCGCAUGAUGACCGUAUUGUUUUGUGUUUUUAGAAACUACUGAACACCAUGUCAAUGACACAGCAUGGUAAUAUUGUUAAUUUAAAUAAAAAAAUAAAUUGCAAUAGGAAAUUACA